GUGUGCUUCGUCGGCCGAAGCAAUGUGGGGAAAUCAUCUUUAAUCCGUGCUUUGUUUUCACUGUCUCCAGAAGUGGAGGUCAGAGUGUCAAAAACUCCAGGCCACACCAAGAAGAUGAAUUUCUUCAAAGUAGGGAAGUACUUCACUCUGGUGGAUAUGCCAGGGUACGGCUACCGUGCCCCGCAGGACUUUGUGGAGAUGGUGGAGGCCUAUCUGCAGGAACGGCACAACUUGAAGAGGACUUUUCUAUUAGUUGACGGUGUAGUAGGACUCCAGAAAACAGAUCAUAUUGCAGUAGAGAUGCUAGAAGAGUUUGGGAUUCCUUAUGUGAUGGUGUUAACAAAAAUCGACCGAGCUGCCAGGGGGCUGUUGUUAAAGAAUGUACUGGAGAUCCAGGAGUUUGUAAAGGAGAAAACUCAGGGAUGCUUUCCUCAGCUGUUCCUGGUCAGUUCUCUGGAGUUUUCAGGGGUUCACUUGCUAAGGUGUUUUGUAGCCCAUGUUACUGGAAACCUGCCUAUUGUAGAGGCCAGCUGAAAAUUCGGGAUCCUGAUCUGCUUGGCUCAUCCAGAACAAAAGGUGCAGCGUGAUAGCAAGCCUCGCGUGCAUACAUCGAGUUGUCCCUGUUCGGGUGGAUGAAGGAAAGGACACAUCUUUAAUGGGAUCUGCUUUCUGAUCACUGUUGGCUUGAAACAGAGUGGAAUAAAUGACUGACACUAGGGGAACUCUCUUCUUCUGCACUUAUUAUCAGUCAGUGCUGCAUCCACCUUCUGUUUUAAAUCCAGCACGAAGUUCUGCAGCUGC